UAUCUUGCAAAUGACAAUUAUCAAGAAAUGCAAGCAUUAAUUUCUCAACAGACUAAAGAACUAGAAGAGAAACUUAAUCAUAUAAAAGCACUUGAAAAAACUAUGCAAGACAAAGAAAAAAUAUAUAAUGAACUUGAAUUACAAAAUAUAGCUCAAAUGAAAGAAUUACAUGAAGCCAAAGACAAAUUAAAUAGUGCUUCUGACGCUUUUAAAUCGACAAAUAAUCAAUUAAAAGUGAUAGCACAAGAACGGAAUGAGCAAAAAUAUUUAGUAGAAAAGUAUAUAAAUACAGAACAGUCUUUAUUGCACCAAGCCCAAACACUACUAAGCGUCGCAGACACAGCAACAGCAGAUUCACAUAAAUUACAUGAUAAAAUUGCUCGGAAAAGUGAAACAGAGCAAUCAUUUGAAAUGCUAGGUGAACAGUUUAAAAAUAAUGUUUCCGAAUGUUUACAAGAAAUUCAAAAAGACAUUUUAAUGCAUAAAGAAAAAUUAAAGCAAUUAUGUACAUCUAUGAAAAAUGACCUUGGUGCGCAAACUUCAGAUAAAUGUAAAAAUAUUGACACGACAAUAUAUCAAAUUUCGACAAAUCUUCUUAAUCAACAUUUGUCCGAUACUAAUAAUUUAACGAAAAAUAUAAAUAAAUCUAAUUCACAUUAUCAAAAUUGGAUGCAGGAUGAAAUAAAAAAUUCAGUGAAUGCAAUAGAAUCUGAACAUGAAUUAUUAAGUAUCAUUUCUGUAAAAUUGGCAAUUGCUAAAAACUUACAAAUCAUAAGAAACAAUGUAACUCAGAAAUUAAUGCAAACUUCAAGUAUUAUAAAAAAAAUGGUAGAUUCUGCUUGUAAUUAUGAACUAGAAUCUUAUGAUCAUAUGAUCAAAAAUUGUAAAAAUAUUGUGGAAAACAUUGAUGUGGUUCGUGAAAAACAAGAAGUUACUCAGAAACAACAUUUAUUUGCAAAGAUGAUGGGAGAUGUAUUUUCCCAGUUCAAUUUCUUAAACAAAAAUGAGGAAGAACACUAUUGUACUGUAAUUGGCAAAUGUGAUUAUGUUAGUAAUAUUUGCAAUAAUGUUAACGAUUGCAUGAUAAAUAAUUCUACUACAUCUGUUAAUGUGAAACAUACUUUAGAAGAACAGAUACAAAGUAACAUUGAAACAAUUAAAACUGAUGUAAUUCUUGAAACAAAACGGAAUGAAGAAUUAGCUGACAGAACUACAGAACAAGGAAAAAUUUUGAUAAAUGAAUUGAAGUCAAGUAUGAACAGAAGCUGUAAUGUAUUGAAAGAGUACAAGGAUCUUAUUGAAUGCAAUAUUAAAGACAUGGAACCGAAAAUAGAUAUCGAUAAAAAUGAAGUUCUUUUAUUAGUUAAUGAUACACAUAAAGUAACUUUAGAUGCAUGUAAAAAUCAUGAAGAAUUCAUGAAAGAUAAAAAAAUUGAAGUUUCUGAUACUUUUGAAGAAAUAUCCAAAAAAUUGGAAAAUCAAGAAAUGGAAUCAUGCAUAUUAAAUGAUAAAGUUGUUGGACAAUUGCAGGCAACGGUACAUGAAAUUAAUAAAUUCUUUGAUCAAGAUAUACAACGAGAUAUUCCCACAGGGUCAACUCCUGUGAGGAAAGAAUUUUCUUAUCCUCGCCAUUUUGUAGAAACGUCGCCGCACGAACGAAUCCUUGAAAGAUUUAAAGAAACUAGAAAAUUGAUAGAAACAACAGAAAAUGAUUUUCAUACAAAUUCGUGUAAUUCUAUAGAUUCUCAUGCUGAAAAUAUUACACAAAUAUUAAAUGUUUCUUCAAUAUUUGUGCAAUCCCAUGUUCAAUCUGAAUCGGAAAGGAGGAUGUAA